AUGAUCACACACACCUUUGCUGCUGCCAUGGCCGACGCAGGGGAAACAUGCGACGACCAAGCAACUGUUGAGCAUCCGCAGCCCAGUUCAUCUGCAAUGCCUGGAAGAGCUUGGAAGGUUGCUGAGGGCAACUCGCAGCCAUCCUGGCCUGACCUUCACAACUUGCUGGUUCAGCAGCAUGGCAUUGUUUCACGCAGACUUGACGACCAGGAUAGCAUGCUGCGCCACCUCAUAGAUAGCCUGCCGAAAGCAAGCUUGAGCGUGCAAAGUUCAAGACAAGACGGGAACUUCUUGGAAUCAGCGAGAUCAAGUAGCCACCCCAGGUUGUUCAAGACUUUUGGGGAACAAGAUCGCUCUCGCCAAGCGAACGCCCACAGAAUGUCCAUGAGACACAGUGUCCCUGCCGAUUCAGAGUUGAAUAAUAAGAAGAAGAAGCAGAGCGAGUUGGACAAGAUCGUCAAGUCCCCCUGGUUUGAGAUGUUCUUUACCUUCGUGGUAGUCACACAGGCCAUAUUUAUUGGCCUUGAGGUAGAGGCAAACAGAGACAGCUACGAGCAUGUGUUGUGGAUGCAGGUGGUGCAGUAUGCCUACGCUGCUAUCUUUACUGUGGAGUUGUCGCUUCGCUUACUCGUACAUAGAUGUAGCUUCUUCACAUCCGGCGACUGGGCAUGGAACUACUUUGAUAUAUUCAUCGUCGCAACUUCGAUUUGGGAAGUUGUCUUGGAUGCAUCUUAUUCAAAUGAUACGCCGGACGGCUCUUCUUCAGGCGUCUCCGGAUUGAGUGGCAUGAAGCCCUUUCGCAUCAUUCGCAUCACCAGACUUGCGAAAGCCGUUCGCCUACUGCGUAUGUUCCGACUUAUCCUUGCCUUGCGAACACUGAUUGCCUCGAUCGUAAACACGCUCAAGACCCUCGCGUGGGCGUUGGUACUGCUGGGACUCAUCGUGUAUGUUUUUUCUGUGCUCUUCUGCCAAGCCGUCAACAGCCAUUUGCUGGAUCCAGAAGCAGCAAAGCUUUCUCAAAGGGAGCUGAUGUUGGCUAAGAGGCACUUUGCUUCCCUCGGGCAUUCCUACCUCAGCUUGUUCAUGAGCAUUGCUGGGGGUGUAAGUUGGGAAGAACUGGUGGCUCCCCUGAUGCAGAUCUCCAUUGCUUGGGUCGUAAUAUUUCUCUUCUAUAUCUCGUUUACGUAUUUCGCCGUGUUAAAUGUGGUCACUGCAGCAUUCUGUCAGAGUGCUAUUGAAGGUGCCCAGAAUGAUCACGCCACAAGGGUGCAGUCCAUUCUUGCUGACAAGAAAGCGCACGUGCAGAAGAUCAGCAAGCUAUUUCGGGCCUUCGGCGCAAACGAGGCGAAUCAGGGAUCGAUUACCUACGAGAUGUUUCGGGCCAAUUUCGAGAGCCAAGCUGUGCAGGAAUACUUCGCUACUCUCGGGCUGGAGGUACAUGACGCGUGGUCGUUCUUCAAGCUCUUGGACAUGGAUGGCGGUGGGGAGGUUGAAGUCGAGGAGUUUUUGGCUGGCUGUUUGAGACUGCGGGGGCAGGCAACUGCCAUGGACGUAGGAAAGCUCAUCCAUGAACAGACCUGGCUGCUACGCAACCAGGGCAAAUUCCAGGCUUUUGUAGAGAUGGAGCUGAAUCAUCUGAAGAAGCAGCUUGGGAGCCUCACUGGCGUCUACACACCUGAGAAUGAGUCGGAAUUGUCUAUAGUUCUGUCCAGCGGAUCGCCGCAGGCUGCGCCUUACCUGAUUUGA